AUGGCACCUACAGAGACCGACACAUCUAUUGAUAUCGCCACCAAUCCCUCAAAGGUGGCUCUUAUCCAACACACCGAUACCUUCGUUCGGCAGACCUUCAGUGAAAGUCUCCAACUCGAGUUAAGUGUACUGUCCGAGUAUGCACGCUCGAAGGCUAUUGAUGACCCCAAGGCUUGGCCUAAAGUUCACGACGCCUGGAAUGAUCACUAUUCCAAAUCUGUUUACAGCCCCAAACGACAAAUCAGUGUGUUCGAGCGAAUGGAAGCCACCAGUAAUGCCACCUUCGUGCUCAAGCGCAACCACCGUGCCUGGCGCCGCGCUGCCGAAUUCGUGACCGGGGCGUUCUACGGCCGUGACAUGUCUAUUGUCUAUCGGAUUCCUACUAAAGCCACUGGAUCCUUCAAGGACUGCUUGAAGGCAACAUUCGGCGCCCGCGGCACCACCAUCAUGCUGCGCCCCAAAGACGUUGGUUUCUCAUUCGCGAACCAUUACCAUGCGAACUACGUCAACAAGACUUUUCCUGUGCGACGCGGUUCUGCUCUGAUAAUCGAUGGAUACAAAGCGCAAAGAAUAUAUACCAAGGACUUCUGGCUAGUAGAUGAGGCGGAGAUGCCCAAGGGCCUUGUCGAUAUUCGAACUGCCGACGAAUCUCCAAGCUUCCAAGCUGAUGCCACCAUCUACGACACUGGGAUCGGCUGGGGAUUUUCAACCACGAAUCCCGCCUCACUGUCGCAUUGAGCCGGGCCAAACUAGGCACCAUCAUUGUCGGCCGAGAAUAAGAACUGUGCAGCACCUCCCUUCUCGCUGCUCAUCGGGUACUUUGAAGCACGUCAGUCGCUCAUAGAAAUCUCUAGCAAGGUCGAUUUCGCCAUGAGGGCCAUCAUGUGUGAGAACUGUAUCCAGUCAGGCCGAACCCUUACACACCUCGUUGUGUUCGAUGCUAGGGUAAGCGUCACAACUCACCACUUCACGAGAGGGAAGAUGCCGGCUGGACGGUUUGGCAUCUCAAAAAGGAGGCUGGGUCUGUACCAAGACCAUGUAGAAUCUUAUGAUUGCCCUAAAGUUAUCAUAAACUUAUCCUAAC